AUGGCGUUGGCUUUAACAUUUGGGAACGUGGCAGUGACUUCUGCGGAGCGCCCAGCCCCCCUCCCCCAGACCCGCCGCGAGGCUGGGGCCCGGGCCGCCCCGAGCGUCCCUGAAAGGCUGCAGUAUAUGGAUCUGAACCCUCCAAUGUCCCUUCCGAGCAGGGAAAGCGUGCAGGGCACCGCCGAGACGGAGAAGCAGUUGGGAUCCAAACAGUACCAGGGAUUGGCUCUUUCGAGUUAUUUCUUCCAUCGCUUUGGACCAAGGGCAGUAGGAGCGCGGAUUCCUGGACCCCACCAGCAUUCGAAGCAGCCACUGGUGGAGACCCCCGGCACCAGGACCACGGAGGACGAAGAGGACCAGAAUGUGGUAGGUGAGUCUAUUGCCACCGUGUCACUUUUCUCACGCCUCUCAUUUGUUCUCCUACAGCACUCGGAACAGCCCCCGUCCACGGGGCUCUCCCUGCACCAGAGGCUGGCAGGAGCUUUUACCACUGGUUUUUACAUCCUUCAUGUAAGGACGCAUAAUUUAUGGUCAGUGAGAAUCCAGGCCCCGGUGCGAUUUGAGUGGGCUAUAAAAUUGCGCGUCCCACUACCAACCCCUUCUCGUCGUGCCCAAGCAGGUGUCCCCGCGGCCCGCUCUGGCCCUGCACGUCCCGGGCUCCGUCCCAGGUCCUGGGUCGGUUUGGGGGCUGCCACCCAGGCCUGUGGCUCCGCGCACCUCUUCCCGCCAUUGCUCAUACCCAUGAGCCACCUCCCUCCACCGAAAACCAACUUCAGGACAGCGGCUGCGACCUGGCUGGGCUGGCCGAAGACCCGGAUGGAAGAAGCAGGAGACCCCCACCCCCCGGCCCCGGAGGACCACGGCCUCGGACCCCCGCCUUCUUCCCGACGGUCACCUGACGCCUCGCGCCUCCUGCCUCCUUCCUGGUUUGGGCCGAAGCCAUCGUCCGGAAUUCUGCGUGGGACAGGACCGCCGACGUGGGACCCCCAGCACCCACACCUGUGAAACCCCUCCACAGCCACGGGGACGCCCUGCGCACAUUCCCACGGGACAGGCUGGACCCAAAGACCCUGGACCGCCCUGGGAGGAGGGGCAUGCCCUCCUCGGCCUCCCCUUCGGUAGCCACCCACCCUCUGACCGAUGGACGUCACUGAUCCGACGGCCCGACGCGUGGGCUCGACCCCGGCCCACCCUCCUGAGCCCUGAGACUUGGGGGGGCGGCCGAGCCGGGGACGUCUGCAUCGGGGGUGGGCUCUGACACCUACCUCACAGGGUUGUUGUGAGGAGCCUGUGAUGUGGUUUGAAGAUGCCCGACGGGGGCUCGGCACACCCUGUCGUGCUCUCAAUAAAUGUGUUUUUUUUUUUGCCUU